AUGAUCUCUUGGCUUGAUAUCUACCAUGUUGUUUCAGCAACUGUGCCUCUCUAUGUCUCAAUGAUCUUAGGUUACGUCGCUGCAAAACAUCUAGAGCUCUUCACACCCGAGCAAUGCGCAGGGAUCAACAAGUUCGUCGCCAAAUUCUCUAUCCCUUUGCUUUCAUUUCAGAUCAUCUCUCAAAACAACCCCUUCAAGAUGAGCCUUAAACUCAUCCUCUCUGACGUUCUCCAGAAAUUCUUAGCACUCGUUGUGUUAGGCUUGGUUUUAAGAUUCUGGCAUCCGACAGGAGGAAGAGGAGGAGGUAAACUAGGUUGGGUCAUAACCGGGUUGUCUAUAUCCGUGUUUCCAAACACUCUCAUUCUCGGAAUCCCAAUCUUGACUGCCAUAUAUGGAGAUGAAGCUGAGAGUAUCUUGAGGCAGAUUGUUGUGUUGCAGAGCUUGAUUUGGUACUCCAUCUUGCUCUUCUUGUUUGAGCUUAAUGCCGCUAGGGCGAAAACAUCUCCUGGAGCUUCUUCCAAUAUAGAUCAUGCAGGCAAUGACAAUGAAGAAGUAAAUAUAGAGGAAGAGCCAAAAGAAGAAGAAGAAGAAGAAGAAGAAGAAGAAGAAGAAGAAGCAGCGAUAGUGAGAACAAGAUCUACUGGAACUAUGAAAGUUGUAUUGAAAGCUUGGAGAAAGCUUAUAAUCAAUCCUAAUACAUACGCAACAUUGAUCGGAAUCAUUUGGGCCAUUUUGCAUUUCAGAUUGGGAUGGAAAUUGCCAGAGAUGAUCGAUAAAUCGAUACAUAUGAUAUCUGAUGGAGGAUUAGGAAUGGCAAUGUUCAGCUUGGGUCUGUUCAUGGCAUCACAAACUAGUAUCAUAGCAUGUGGAGCAAAAAUGGCGAUGAUAACAAUGAUCCUCAAGUUCGUAUUAGGACCAGCUCUUAUGAUUGCUUCUGUGUUUAGCUUCAGAUUACGUGGUAAUCUCUUCAAAGUCGCAAUACUACAGGCUGCAUUGCCUCAAGGAGUAGUGCCAUUUGUUUUUGCAAAAGAGUAUAAUCUUCAUCCGGAGAUCGUUAGUACUGGGGUAAUAUUUGGAAUGUUAAUUGCCUUACCAACAACUUUGGCAUAUUAUUUUCUUUUGGACAUAUGAAUAUGACAUGUUAUUUAUAUAUAGGCGU